UGUCCCUUGUUGUCACUUGUUUUAUAUUGAAAUCUACGCAGACAUUUAAAAGUAAAUAUGCAUAGAAAUACAUUCACUAGUUAGGUGUGCGAGCCAAAUUAUUGAUGUGUAAGGUUAUUAAAAACUAGGAUACAAAAUUCUGGCUAGUAUAUUUUAACAGCAAGAUGUGGAACAGAACUUAUUUGUACAAUUUUGAGACUGGUACCUCAGUGUACUUCCAUACUUAUGACUAUGUUGUGUUUGGUAUAACGUUAGGAUUGUCUGCUAGUAUUGGACUGUUUUAUGCCAUAAAAGACAGAAAAAAGAAGAGUGAGAAUGAGUUCCUCCUGGCCGGACGUAACAUGUCUGUUUUACCAGUAGCACUUUCUUUGAUGUCCAGUUUUAUUUCAGCCGUAACAUUGUUAGGAACUCCAGCUGAGAUGUACCGGUACAAUACCAUGUACUGGUUUAUCGUUUUUGGGUUUCUGAUCUCUGUUAUUUUGUCGAAUACUAUUUUUAUCCCAGUUUUCUACAAUCUUGGAAUUACCAGUGUUUUUGAGUAUAUCCAUCUAAGAUUUGGAACGUUGGUUCGAAUAAUUUCCUGUAUCAUCUACAUGAUAACGAUGCUUAUUUAUAUGGCGAUAGUACUGUACGGUCCAUCUUUAGCUUUGAAUGCAGUAACCGGGAUCGACCUCUGGGGAUCACUGGUAGCAAUAUGUGCGGUCUGUACACUGUAUACGGCUUUGGGUGGCAUGAAAGCUGUAGUUUGGACUGAUACUGUACAAGUACUGAUCAUGUUUGCCGGGAUGUUAAUACUUCUGAUAUUUGGGUGCAGAAAAUUGGGUGGUUUAGAUGUAGCAUGGAGAGUUGCUGACCAAAAUGAUAGAAUUAAGUUCCUCAUACUGAAUCCAGACCCGUCAGAAAGACAUUCACUUUGGAAUAUGAUAGUUGGUGGUGGAUUUAUAUGGACAGGCGUAUAUGGUAUAAAUCAAGCACAAGUUCAAAGAGCUGUUUCAUUUUCAUCACUUGCAAGAGCUAAAUUAUCAUUAUGGGUGAAUUUGGUGUGUAUUGUGUCAAUCCUUUCAUUGGUCUGUCUUGUUGGAGUAGUCAUGUUCGCUUAUUAUAGCACGUGUGAUCCAGUGAAAGCAGGAAUUGUGACAAAAUCUGAUCAGUUGAUUCCUUUGUUUGCAAUGGAUAUAGUUGGAAAAUACCAUGGACUUCCAGGAUUGGUUAUAUCGUGCAUUUUCAGUGGAAGUUUAAGCUCUGUGUCAUCUGGAUUUAAUGCAAUAUCAGCGAUUAUUUUAAAGGAUUUUAUUCUUGUAUGUGCUCCAAAUAUGCCCUCUGGAACAAGAACAAUUAUUUCCAAAUUCAUUGUUCUCCUAACUGGUGGCGUCUGUCUCGCUGUAGCUUAUGUCAUGUCACUAUUAACGUCUUCCAUCUUAACGGCUACAAUCACUAUAUAUGGUCUUCUUGGUGGACCCUUACUUGGACUUUUCACUCUUGGUAUUUUAUUUCCAUGGGCCAAUAAAUGGGGCGGAUUGUUUGGACUUCUUUCAUCAUUAGUUGUGAAUUGCUGGAUUGGUUUUGGUGCGUUUAUAAAUAAAGUAGUGGUAACACCAACAUCUCCGGUUACAACAGAAGGAUGCCGGUUGAAUCUUACAACUAUUGAGGCCAUCACUAAUAUAACAUCAACGACUCCUUCAGCGGCAAUUGAAAAACAAGAUGACUACCUAAUUAUAUACAAGAUGUCUUACAUCUGGUUCACUGGACUUGGGUUAUUGGUAUGUGUGGUAUUUGGACUCAUUGUAAGCUUUAUAACAGGAGCAACAGACCCAAAGAAAAUAAAUCCUGGUUUAAUUUGUCCUAUAUUUGAUGAAAUUUUGCCAUGCCUUCCUGUGAAAACCAGAAAGAGGCUUCAUUUUGGCGUUCGUCACGAAGACUUUGUAAAGUUCUCCAAGGACAACCCGAAAACGAUUGAGAGAGGAGGAUAUGAUAGAACGCUGUAUAUAGCAGAAAAUACAGAUAAAAUACCCCAUGAUGCAAUCCGUGGUUUCCCUAAACAUUUUGAAAAAUCAGAAUAUAACACUAAACUUUGAUGCAAGCAUACGAUAUUGUUUAAUUAUACAUUUUUCUAUCCUUAUGAAAAUUGAACGUUUUAAUCAUGUUUUAAGUAUGUCCGAUAUAUCAUGUGACAGUACAAUACCACAAUUUCCUGUUCAUGCACAUCAUAGAAAACCACAAUUAAUUUUAAAUAAAAAAAGUUUCAUUAUCUUAAAGCGACUGUUUAAACAAACCAUUAUAUACUUUUACUUCAGAUCAGCAGGUUCAAUUUUAAAAAUGCAACUUUUUAAUAUAAGCAAUCUUAAUGGAGAAAAUGUGUUUCACUUUUUGUAAGUUUUCAAAAAUUAUACCUGUGAAAUAUGAAAAAAAGAAGAUGUGGUGUGAUUACUAAUGAGACAACUCACCACAAGAUACCAAAUGACAUAGAAACAACUAACAACUAUAGGUCACCGUAAGGCCUUCAACAAUGAGCAAAACCAAUUCCGCAUGUGAAAGGUCAUUACAAGUUAAUCACACCUAAAUAAACUAGAGACUCGUAAGAUUCUGCUAAUCUGCGUAUAUAGCUGCCUACUUAUUAGGAACAUUCAUUAUUCAAUAUAUAAAACAUACGAAUCAUUCUGAUCCUUAUGCAUAUAUUUUCUUAUUGUGUGUGAUAUGGCUUCAAACAUACCGCUUUCUUACGGAAUGUGCAUAAAGUAGGACAAUCAAUAAAAAAAAAGUUUGUCAAAUAAUGGAUAUUGGAUAGACACAAAAAAAAAUGUGGUGCAAAAAUAAAACAUAAUACAUCAAAAUAAACUUUCCAUCGUUAAUAAACAAAAUGAAAACUAUUGCUAUAAAACAAAAUGUAAUAUGCGAUACUAGUUGAAACACCAGGCAGUCCAUAGAUAUGAAAAUAAGGAGAUGUAGUAUGAUUGACAAUGAGACAGCUGCUAUCCACCAACGUUCAAAUGAAGUGGAUGAAAGCAAUUAUUAUAGGCAACCGUACGAUUCUCCAAAAUGAGAAAAACCAAUACCAUUUAGUCGGCUUUAAAAGGCCCCGAACUGAAAAAUGAAACAAUUCCAUUGAGUAAACUAACUGCCUAAUUUGUAACAAAAUAAUUUAUGAAAAACAAAUAUGACAGAAAUGCACGAACGACAACCACUGAACUACAGGCUCCUGACUUGGAACAGGCACAUACAGAAUGUGGCGGGGUUAAACAUGUUUGAAGGCGCCAACAGACUUGCCAUAAAAAAGUACAGUAUGUAAUAAUCGAUCAAAAUGACCCAUGUUAAUUAGACAAAAAAAUAUUUUUAAAAUCUGGAAUCAUAUAUAAUCAUUAUAUCCCGUAUUUUUGUUUUAUUGCUUUUUAUCAUAGAUGAUAUUGCUUUUGUGUAUUGUGUAAUAUUAUGUUUGUGGUAAAGCUUAAAUUGUACGCUUGUUUGUUUGUUUGGCUUUUUGAAAUAAAAUCUGGAAAUGUAGAAAAUUAA